UGCUGGUUUCCAGGAAAGCCGCGGAUCGGAGGAACACUCGUCGCCUAGAUAUCAAUCGAGCUGGUUGAGUUUUGUAGUUUGGUCUUAUUUGCAUUUUCGUGUGUACGAAGAUAAGAGACGAAUGUAAAGUAGAAUUGUUGCCAUUUUAAAUAUUUGUGUAUAUAAAGGGAGAAAGGUGUCAUGAAACGGCGAAUUUCCAAAAAUAGAAUAUAACGUAAAAGCUGAAAAGAGAAGAGAACGAGUUGUUUUUGUAUGCAGGCAGGGAAGAAGAAUUAUUACGUAAACCAGACAACAUGCUGUUUAUUUAAUUACAUUUAACUUUGGAUACUGGAUUUAACUAGAGUAGCAAGGAUCAAAUUUAUCCAAUGGGAUUGCAGAGAAGUUGAAUUUAAUUGUAAAUUAUCCGCCGGACUCAGCAUCACGGAAGAGGAAGAUUCUGAUGACGCGAUGACAUUACACUGGUGGAUGCACUGGUUUUGGAUUACGGCGAAUAUUUUUGGAAUUAUGGCAGUCCCCUUGCCAUCGACCACCGAAGGGCCUAGAAUAGAAGACGAAAAUCAAAUGUCGACCACCGAUUCAAUAGUACACUCGACAAUAUUAACGAAAUUAGAUGAUAAUAAUAAUAAAAAUUCAAGUACUGAAAAUUUUAGAAUAGCCAAAGCCAUUGGCAUAUUUCCGUCUAUGAAUACAGCAAAAAUAAUUUCAAAUAACAAUAAACAAUCAACGCCUGCUGCUGCUGCUGGUGAUAUUGUCACGAGUUCGAGAACAAAAUUAAAAGGCUUGCCAGAAAGUGUAACACUUGGUGUUUAUAAUGAUAAUAAAAGUUCAGUGAUUCGAAUGCCAGGAGUGAAGAAGGAUAGUAAAAUUUCUUGGAUUUUAACAUCGAAUAAAACGAGUCGAACAAAAUAUGGCGAUGAAAAAACGUCGGAGGUUGUUAGAAAUUUCAGUACCAGUGAAUAUGAAAGUCUCACUGUCUUGCCUUUACAAGAGGGAUUUAAACUAGUCGUUAAUAAUAAAAGUAAUCCAUUCUCAGCCACUAGUGGAAAAUUAAGAACUGUCAACGUUUCAGAGGAUUUACUAGUUGAGGAAGAUCUCACCGCGCCACAAUUAAUUGCCACUGCUUCUUCUAUUCUUGAUGCUGAAUUAAGUGAUUCAACGAGACUCAGCCGAGCAAGAAGUGCUUUCUCGAGUGAUUUUCAGAGAGAUCAAAAACAGGAUGAUAAUUCACGAUCACAAAGUAGUGAUAGCGGUAAAAAUUGUCCUGAUGUUGGGGCAGAAGACAACGGUGCUUCUGUUGCAGAUAUUGCGAUAAUCACUGGUAGUUGUUUGGCGAGCAUCGCAUUACUGAGCACAAUAGUGACCGUAGGAUAUAUUAUGUAUAGAAAAAAAUAUUUAAAUCCACCGCAAAGUUUAAACAGCGACAAGUGCAGUAAUCCUGAUAGUUCCGGUUACAUUGAUGACUCCACAAUUAGAGAUAAUUCGGAAGAAAUGUACAGUCUGGACAAUGACUCAUUCUUGAAUUCAUUGGAGGCAAUGACAAUACAAAAUUAUUGGACCGAUAGCGUGAAACACACAAAACUGUGACAAAGUGUUUCUCGAUGAUGCAAAAAAUCAAGGGCGUUAUCGAAAUCAGUUGUUGGGAAGAGAUUAAAAGAAGCGCUUUACAGAGUACUUAAGCGUUCACGAACGCCUAUUUAUUAUACUAAAUUAUUACUCAUUAAAACGAAAACAAGCUCAUCAUAAGAAAAUUUCUCCAAAUUUACAAUAAUUUACCGCGAAAAGAAAAUAUUACAAAUUUUUACUAAUUUUAUCAAAAUUUAGUAAAUUAUUGAAAAAAAAGAAAGUUUUACUUCUU